UCCCGACAAAGUUAUCUCCAAGUGCAUAAAAGAACACAUUCUGGAGAGAAACCCUACAAAUGUAAUCAAUGUGAUAAAGUCUUUUCACGACACAGUAAUCUCCGAGUACAUAAAAGAACACAUAAUGGAGAAAAACCCUACAAAUGUAAUCAAUGUGGUAAGGACUUUUCACAAAAAGGUCAUCUCCAAAUACAUGAAAGAACACAUACUGGAGAGAAACCCUACAAAUGUAAUCAAUGUAAUAAAGACUUUUCACGACAUGGUCAUCUCAAAAUUCAUGAAAGAACACAUACUGGAGAGAAACCCUAUGAAUGUAAUCAAUGUGGUAAAGCCUUUUCAUGUUCCAGUAGUCUGCGAAUACAUGAAAGAACACAUACUGGAGAGAAACCCUACACAUGUAAUCUAUGUGAUAAAGCCUUUUUACUACAUAGUCAUCUCCAAAGGCAUGAAAGAACCCAUACAGGAGAGAAACCCUAUGAAUGUAAUCAAUGUGGGAAAGCCUUUGCCUGUGCCAGUAGUCUCCAAAUACAUAAAAAAACACAUUCUGGGGAGAGACCCCUUAAUUGUAAUCAAUGUGGUAAAGCCUUUGCAUGUCCUGGUAGUCUCCAAAUACAUAAAAGAACACAUUCUAAAUAGAAUCCCUUUGAAUGUAAUUGUGGUAAAGUGCUUAUAAGACACAGGAAAUCUCUGAACACAUAGAAGAACACAUACUGGAGAAAAACCCUAUGAAUGUCAUCAAUGUGGUAAAGCCUUUGCGUGAAUCAGCAGUCUGAAAUCAUGAGAAAAUACUGCAGAGAAACCCUAUAAAUGUACUGAGUGUAGUAAAGUUUUGCAUGUCAUGGUAGUCUUUAUACAAGAGUAAGACUUGUAGUGUAUAAUUAGUCGCUUAAAACCUUUGCAUUUUACAGUAGUCUCUGAGGGCCUGACAAAAUUAAUACUGAAGGAAAUCUGGCCAUAAAGGGUUUGGUAAAAUCUUUCAUGUGGACAAAAGACCUGUGAAUUUAAAUGAUAAAGUUUUCAUUUUCUAUUCUACAGUUCAAUUACAUGCUAUAAGGCAUCCAGGUGUAACACUUAAUGCAUGUGUAGUAGUAUUUCCUUGUCUAUUGCUGUGAUAAAACGUGAUAUCUAAGUCUACUCAUGAAAGAGUUGGCCAUUGGGUCCAGAAGGGUAUAGAAUCACAAUGAAAGUGGCAUGGCAACAAGUUUCAAACACGGCAGCUGCAGCAGAAUGCUAAGAACUGUCAUCUUCCACCUACAACAUGAAGGUGAAAGUCAAACUGGAAAUGGUGUGGAUGUGAAUUCUCAUGCUCACACCCAGGUACUUAUUUCUUCCAGCAGGGCAUGCAUUACCCAGAUCUUUCCAAAUGAUACCACCAACUGAGCAGGAAUGAUUUCUCUAACUGCAAGCCUCCAUGCUUGCUCUGCUUGCUUUCUGUUACAUAAGUCAGUUCAUGAUGAAGAAAACUCUGUAAGUGAGCCUUUUGAUUCUUCAACACCUGGGUUAUAGGAAUAAAUCCUUAAGGGAGAAAAACAUUCUUGAGUGAAAAUCUCAUUGUUAAAAAUUUGUUUUAAUUGUGUGAUCUCAAUGUGUCUUUACUGUGUGCAUGGUGAUUCCCCAAAAAUGUAUACCCUUGGCUCUCCUUUUAGCUGGAAUUACAGAAAGUUGUUAAAAACCUGACCUUUUUCCUGGGAAUGAGCUUCUUAUAACUACUUGGCCAUGUCUCUCAGCCUGUAGAUAUUUAAAAGCCUUUAUAUUUCAUGUUGAUGUCAGGAAAUAGGAAAUAAUUCCUACAAGAGAAAAACCCUACUCAGGUAAAUGAUUUGAUAGAAACUUGACAUCACAGUUUUCUUCAAUUUCAAGAAAACAAUCUUGUUUCAUUUCUUUUUCAUCAUUCCUUGAAGGAAGCACAUAGUAUUUAACAUGUUCACUCAAGACAGAUUGUGGAGAUCACUGCAUUGUUUCUAUUUUUGCAACAUUUGAGUUAUGUAUUAAAGUGUGCUAUAAGUGUGGCAAAUCCAUUUAGUGAAGUUUAUAUUUUUGUCCUUUUAUUCUUUCUUUGACUUCUGUUCAUCUUCUGUUGUGCUUUCACUUAGUAAUAGGUAUUUUUCUAUUGCAAUGUAUAGAAUGGGAUGUCCAUCGUCUAAGUGGUCCAUUGUUUAUUUAAAUAUCUGGAAGUUUGUGAUCAUCCUUUUCAAGUGAGAGUGCUUGUGAAAGGGUGGUAAGUUGUUCUGUUUUUCAUAUUUUCAUAAAUUCCCUUGAUGAUGUUUAUUAUCAGCCUGGCUUCAAUGUCAGUAAUUAGUCAGGGAUACAUUUGAACUCAUGAUACUUGUGUCACUCUGAUGAGUACAAGUACAACAAUAGAUGAUAUACCCCAAUGUAUGCUGUUCUGUUACCAUGUUUUAACAUUAAUGUUAUAAUGUUUAAAUAAAAGUAUAAGAAACAUUAAAUACUUCAUAUAUAUCCAAAGCUGUAUAUUCAUAUAUGUGGUAGAAAUGUAAUAAUGUAGCAUAAUCAGCAAUCAACUGUACUUCACAACGUAGUUUCAUGUACUAUGGAUAUGUAUACAUUAUUUGACAUUCCAAGUGUCUUCAUGCCCCAUUAGUUAUCCAUUUGAGACUUCCUCUAUAACUACUGUGUUCUAAGGAAAUUAUCCAGAGAUGCCAAAUAAUGUACUGAAAAAAAUUCUGGUGUGUGUGUGUGUGUGUGUGUGUGUGUGUGUGUGUGUGUGUG